GUUGCUUCCUCUCCUCUGUCAUCCAACAGAAACAAUGGCGUGUGGCUGAUCUUUUUCAUGCUGGGUUUAGGAACUCUCCUGCCGUGGAACUUCUUCAUGACAGCCACCAUGUAUUUUACCAGCCGUCUCAGAGACCCCACCCAGAUAUCAACCGACAAGCCCUACGACCGUAAUCCUAUGGAGACCAGUUACAAUAACGUAUCGACACUUUGUGCCAUGGUACCUUUACUGAUCUUCACCUGUCUCAACUCAGUCCUGCAUCACAGGAUUUCUCUAAAGUUCCGGAUCACGGGCAGCCUGGCGGUGAUUUUGGUGCUGUUUCUUAUCACGGCCAUCGCGGUGAAAAUAGACAUGGCCGCCGUCCCUUUCUUCACAUUAACCAUGAUCAAGAUUGUUAUCAUAAACUCCUUUGGAGCUAUCCUGCAGGGCAGUCUGUUUGGCAUGGCAGGCCUUCUGCCCGCCAAAUACACCACACCCAUAAUGAGUGGGCAAGGCCUGGCAGGCACUUUCGCUGCCUUCUCCAUGAUCUGCGCUAUCGCAAGUGGCUCAGCACUAAAUGAUGUUGCAUUUGGAUACUUCCUCACAGCCUGUGUAGUGAUCAUAUUGGCCAUAAUGUCCUAUGCGAUCCUCCCUAAACUGAUCUGGGUCCUGGCUCUCUCUGUAUGUUUUGCCUUCACCGUCACCAUCGGUGUCUACCCUGCUGUCACAGUGGAUGUCAAGUCUACCGUCGCUAACGGAGGCGCCUGGGAGAUGUACUUCGUCCCCGUGUGUUGUUUCCUGCUCUUUAACCUGAGCGACUGGGCCGGGAGAAGCCUUACUGCUGUGUGCAUGUGGCCUGGGAAGGAAAGCAAACUGGUGCCCAUUUUUAUGGUGGCCCGUGUGAUCUUUGUGCCUCUCUUCAUGCUGUGCAACGUUCAGCCCCGCUACAACCUGCCUGUCGUCUUUCAACACGAUGCCUGGUUCAUCGUCUUCAUGAUCCUCUUCGCCUUCUCCAGUGGAUACCUGGCCAGCCUCUGCAUGUGCUUCGGGCCCAAAUUAGUUGCUCCUAAUGAGGCAGAGACGGCUGGUGCCAUCAUGGCCUUUUUCCUGUCCCUGGGUUUGGCUCUGGGAGCAUCCUUCUCAUUCCUCUUCAGAGCCAUUGUCUAA